AAAUUAAACGAACGAGACAGACGUGUGUGUGUCAUCGAAACCCGCAGAAGAGUUAAUUAUUGUAUUUUUUUGUAAUAAUCGAACGUGCAGCAGGCGCUGCAGUUACUAGUGCGUGUGUUCGAGUGUAAUUCUUUCGAUAUAGGCGUUUUCAUUGAUAAUAGUCCGUUUUAAAUAAUAAAAUUCGUUUGGUGUUCACGUUGACGACGCCAGAGUGCCGCGGGGUUGGCAAAACAAAAAGUUGCCCGCUGUUGUGGACUUUUUGUCUGCAGCAGUUGGAAUAAGUGUUUUAACCUAUUGUGGCUAGUUAGAUCUGUGAAAUAAAUUAUAAAUGUCUCUUUAAAUCAUUGUUACGGCUGAUUUGUGUGUACGAAAUAAGAGCAAAAUGAGACAAGCCAUAAAAGCGACGACUUUAACAAUUUCUUCCAUUUGCUGCUGUUUGCUACUGCUGGGCAGCAACAACGUGGGAGUUGCACGAGCAGAUUCUUUCAGCGAUUACUUUUCCGAUUACGAAUGCAACCAGCCGCUGAUGGAGCGUGCCGUUUUAACGGCCACUUCGUCUUUAACCGAACGUGGUCCGGACAAAGCGCGUUUAAAUGGUAACUCUGCUUGGACGCCCGUCGAGAAUACCUAUAAUCACUUUCUAACACUCGAUCUGGGCGAGGCGAUCAUGGUGCGCAAGAUCGCCACCAUGGGACGCAUGCACACCGAUGAGUUUGUCACGGAGUAUAUCGUUCAGUACUCGGAUGAUGGCGAAUAUUGGCGCUCGUAUGUUAAUCCCACGAGUGAGCCGCAGAUGUUCAAGGGCAACUCUGAUGGCAAUAACAUACACUACAAUAUCUUUGAAGUGCCCAUCAUUGCACAAUGGGUGCGCAUAAAUCCUACACGCUGGCACGAUCGCAUCUCAAUGCGUGUCGAGCUCUACGGCUGUGAAUACAUUGCGGAGAACCUUUACUUCAAUGGCACUGGCCUGGUGCGUUAUGAGCUGAAGGAACAUGCCAUUGCAUCGUUGCGCGAGUCCAUACGCUUCCGUUUCAAAACAGCCUUUGCGAAUGGCAUUAUGAUGUAUUCACGCGGUAGUCAAGGCGAUUACUAUGCGCUGCAGCUGAAGGACAAUAAGAUGGUGAUGAAUGUGAAACUGGGAACCAACUCGAUGGCAUCGCUUUCAGUGGGCAGUCUGCUGGAUGACAAUGUGUGGCACGAUGUUGUCGUUUCGCGUAACAAACAGGACAUUAUCUUUUCCGUGGAUCGUGUCAUUGUUCGUAGUCGCAUUAGUGGUGAUUAUACACGCUUGAAUCUCAAUCAGCAGCUGUAUUUGGGCGGUGUGCCCAAUGUGCAGGAGGGUCUCAUAGUGCAGCAGAACUUUUCGGGCUGCUUGGAGAAUAUUUACUUCAACUCGACCAACUUUAUUCGCGUCAUGAAGGACAGCUACGAGCUGAACGAAGCCCAUUUGUACACCAAAGUGAACAGUCUGUUUGCCUGCCCGUCGCCCUCAAAUUAUCCAGUUACCUUCACGACGCGUGGCUCGUUUGUCAAGCUAAAGGGCUAUGAGAACUCGCAGCGUUUGAAUGUGUCGUUCUAUUUCCGCACCUACGAGGAGACGGGCGUCAUGGUGCAGCAUGAAUUCUAUUCGGGCGGCUAUGUUAAAGUCUUUUUGGAGUUUGGCAAGGUUAAAAUCGAUUUGAGUAUGAAGGACAGGCCACGAAUUAUACUCGACAACUAUGAAGAUCAGUUCAAUGAUGGCAAAUGGCAUUCAUUUGUGCUUUCGAUCGAACGCAAUCGUUUGAUUAUCAACAUCGAUCAACGGCCUAUGACAACGACCAAGAAUAUACAGAUUGCUACGGGAAGUUUGUAUUACAUUGCUGGCGGCUUAGAUCGAAAUGGUUUUGUGGGCUGCAUGCGUCUGAUUUCGGUGGAUGGCAACUACAAGUUGCCCCAGGAUUGGGUGCAGGGCGAAGAGGUCUGUUGUGGCGAUGAAGUUGUGGUCGAUGCCUGCCAGAUGAUUGAUCGCUGUAAUCCCAAUCCGUGCCAGCACAAGGGUGUCUGUCAUCAGAACAGCAUGGAGUUCUUCUGCGACUGUGCGCAUACUGGCUAUGCUGGCGCUGUCUGUCACACCUCCAACAAUCCAUUGUCCUGUCAGGCUUUGAAGAAUGUGCAGCAUGUGCAGCAGCGCGUCAACCUCAACAUCGAUGUGGAUGGCAGCGGUCCGCUGGAACCUUUCCCUGUUACCUGCGAGUUCUAUUCUGAUGGACGCGUCAUCACCACGCUGAGUCACAGUCAAGAGCACACAACCACUGUGGACGGCUUCCAGGAGCCGGGCUCCUUUGCGCAGUCAAUUAUGUACGAUGCCAAUCAGCUGCAGAUCGAAGCGUUGCUAAAUCGCUCACACAGCUGCUGGCAGCGUCUGAGCUAUUCUUGUCAUUCCUCGCGUCUUUUCAACUCACCUUCUGAGGCUGGCAACUUCCGUCCAUUCGCCUGGUGGAUCUCGCGUAACAAUCAACCCAUGGAUUACUGGGCAGGCGCCUUGCCCGGUUCCCGUAAAUGCGAAUGCGGUAUUCUGGGCAAAUGUAAUGAUCCCACCAAGUGGUGCAACUGUGAUUCCAAUAGCUUAGAGUGGACUGAGGAUGGCGGUGACAUUCGUGAAAAGGAACAUUUGCCGGUGCGUGCAGUUAAAUUUGGUGACACUGGCACGCCGCUUGAUGAGAAGUAUGGUCGGUACACUUUGGGACCCAUGCGCUGUGAAGGCGACGAUUUGUUUAGCAACGUUGUUACGUUCCGCAUUGCCGAUGCUUCGAUUAAUCUGCCGCCGUUUGACAUGGGACAUUCGGGUGAUAUUUACUUGGAAUUCCGCACCACACAAGAGAACGCUGUCAUCUUCCACGCCACCGGACCCACCGAUUACAUCAAGCUGAGCUUGAAUGGCGGCAACAAACUACAAUUCCAAUACCAAGCUGGCAGCGGUCCACUUGGUGUUAAUGUGGGCACCAGCUAUCAUCUGAAUGAUAACAACUGGCAUACGGUGAGCGUGGAGCGCAAUCGUAAGGAGGCGCGUCUGGUUGUCGAUGGCUCGAUCAAGGCGGAAGUGCGUGAACCCCCAGGCCCAGUACGUGCUCUGCAUUUGACCUCAGAUCUGGUUAUUGGCGCUACCACAGAGUAUCGUGAUGGAUAUGUGGGUUGCAUUCGUGCUCUGUUGCUUAAUGGAAAAAUGGUGGAUCUGAAGGACUAUUCUAAGCGUGGCUUGUACGGCAUUAGCACGGGUUGCGUGGGUCGUUGCGAGUCGAGUCCUUGCCUCAACAACGGCACCUGUAUUGAACGUUACGAUGGCUAUAGCUGUGACUGCCGUUGGAGCGCCUUUAAGGGACCCAUUUGUGCAGAUGAAAUUGGCGUCAACUUGCGUUCCGCUUCGAUUAUUCGCUAUGAGUUUGAGGGCUCCUUCCGCUCCACAAUAGCCGAGAACAUUCGCGUGGGAUUCACCACCACCAUACCCAAGGGUUUCCUGCUGGGCUUCACCUCGAAUCUGACUGGCGAAUAUUUGACCAUACAGAUUUCCAAUUCAGGUCAUUUGCGCUGUGUCUUUGACUUUGGUUUCGAGCGGCAGGAAAUUAUAUUCCCCAAAAAGCAUUUCGGCUUAGGUCAAUACCACGACGUGCGUUUCAUGCGCAAGAACAGCGGGUCAACGGUGGUGCUGCAAGUGGACAACUACGAGCCCGUUGAGUAUCACUUUGACAUUAAGGCUUCAGCGGAUGCGCAGUUCAAUAACAUUCAAUACAUGUACAUUGGCAAGAACUUGUCAAUGACGGAUGGUUUUGUGGGUUGUGUGUCACGCGUGCAAUUCGAUGAUAUCUAUCCGCUCAAACUGAUGUUCCAGCAGAAUCCUCCCAACAAUGUCAAGUCACUGGGCACAAAUUUGACUGAAGACUUCUGCGGCGUGGAGCCGGUAACGCAUCCGCCCAUUGAAAUAGAAACUCGCCCACCACCUUUGGUGGAUGAGGAGAAGUUGCGCAAGGCAUACAACGAAGUGAACUCGGUGCUGCUGGCAUUCUUACUCGCAAUACUUUUCCUGCUGCUGUGUCUGAUGUUCUUCCUCAUCGGUCGCUACUUGCACCGUCACAAAGGAGAUUAUCUGACGCAUGAGGAUAAUGGCGCCGAUGGUGCUGAUGACCCCGAUGAUGCUGUGCUCCACUCAACCACGGGUCACCAGGUCAGGAAGCGUACGGAGAUUUUCAUCUAAAUAUCAACCAAAACGAAGAUCCGCCAUUUUGUUGAAAAUCAAUUGCCUUAAACAAACAACAGCAGCAUAACUCACAAAAACCCAAAAAAAAAACAAACAAAAUUUUCUAUACACUUUCAAUCAAACGAAUUAGGAUAUAAAUAUUAUAGAUGAUCAAAAGGCUUUCUCCACGCACACACGUACACACACACUGCCAAUGAUUUUGGGCAAGUUUUUUGCUUUAAAUUUGGUUGACAAUUGGUUGCUAAAAUUAUUACAUAUGAACACUUACCGUGACGUAUCUGUAACCUUUGAUUUUUGUUGUUUUAUGGCAUUUUAUUUUAAUUUGUGUAACUCGAAUCUUUUGAAACUCUCAAUAGUCAUCCAAAACCGUCCAUUUUUGUUUAGUUAACUUUUAUACACAAUUUUGUUUACCAAAUUAAGUUACGAUUGUACUUUUAAGUGCUCGGUCAAAUCCAGCCAAAUACGUUUAUGUGUAUUUGUGAAUGUGUACCACAUAAGCGACAACAUUCCAUUAUAAUUAAUACGAUGUUCACACACUUCUCUCCUCUCCUCUAUAUAUUGUAUAAUGUAAAUCAUUUCAAAUGUCUUCUAAUUUACAAAAAAAAAAGAAUAUAAAAACACAAACAUGAUUGAAACAAAUCAAGUGAAUCAUUUUGUGUAGUACAAUAAAA